AUGAGGACGAAGGACCGGCCUGGUGCAGACCCGGCCCAGCGCCAGGCGCCGGGCGGCCGCUGUGUGCCCAAUGGUGGUGCAGCGCGUCCGUGGGCUGCCGCGCUCCCCCGCGGGCCUCACCUAGCAGGCGCUGUGAUUGUGCUGUCUGCGGAGCGCGAGCUGCCGCGGGAAAGAAGGCUUCGGGGCGCGACCCCAGAACCCGUUUCCUGCUCUAUAAAACAAGACGAGAACAAUGACGCUUACCUUGAAGUGGCUGGGAGGAGCAGCCACACGGUGGUGAAACUUGCUCCUGCUGCUGGUUCUGCCCCAGCUGCAGCAGAGGAGAAGAAAGACGAGAAGAAGGAGGAGUCCAGAGAGUCGGAUGAUGACAUGGGAUUUGGCUUGUUUGAUUAA